AUGGCAUCCACAAUCUCCAAAUCCGUCGACCAGCUGGCCUUCAACGUGUCUCUCGUUGCCUAUGACCAUGGUCUUACAUCUGAAGAUUUCCCAGCCGGCGGGCGCUUGGGCUUCAGGGAAAUCAAACGCAACAAGAAAAUCGAGCACCUCAAAGAUGGCGACUACACCAUCCCACCGAUCAAGCCGACCCAUCAGGAACUCUCGAUUGACCAAGCCGAAUUUGUCGGAAUCUGGAUCGGGAUGCGACCAUCCACGGCGAACAAUGUGGCUGAAGGAGGGAGCAGCAGCAACAGCUUCAAGGGAAAAUCUAUCCAGAAUCUGGCGCUAAGUGGGGGGUACACCGUCCUCGCCAAAGAUCCAAAGGCUCUGCGAGUUGUGGUGCCGAUGGACAAAGAGACCGCAAGCUACUAUGUUCUCGCUGACCCGGACAACACUGGCCUCUGUUGGGGCAUCAGCGUUCUCAUCACCGAAGUCUUUUUCUUCCCACAGUAUCGAAACGACGCGCAGACCGACGUCUCGAAGCGCAAGAGUGAGUGGAGUGAGCGGGUCCGCAAAGUCAGCAAUCCGGUGGAGAAGGUCAGCUUCGCAAAGGCUUACGACAAGACCAAGUUCCAGGUACCACCGAAGCAGUCGCUUGCGAAUGACCUCUCAAGCUUCAUGGGUACCUACAUCGAGGGCGGUGAUGAAUCUGUGUUGAGAUCGGCCAUUGAUCUCAUCGAUCGAAUUGACACCGACGGCUCUUUCAUCCCACCUCCACAUAAUACUGCCCUCGUCAAGCUCGCACAGUCGACUACCAAUAUGAGCGGCGAGGAUUGUGCGGCCGCCUUGUCUGAGCUUUUGACCCUGGCACCCGAGCUCAAGGAGCUGGACAUAACCGCUCGAGAACUACGACGUAUCAACAAGGGUCUUGCCAACAGCAAGGCAAUCCUUCCAUAUUGUCACCUUCGAGCCUUCAUCGUUCAAUGUGUGCAUGAGAUGCGAAUGUUCGAGGAAGACGACAUUGCUCAUGUGAUCGUCCGUUGUGUCAAUCACGUCCGUCUGCAAAUUGGUGGCAAGCCCACUUUCGUCGAGCGACAAGCCGGGCAUGAUGGGUUAAGUCUCAUCUUGGCCGGCCAACAACAAAAGAUGCAGGACUUUCUGGCUUACGCGCGCCAGUCCAUCACGGCGUUGAAGGACAGUCAGGGUAACAGCGUCGUAGCCACCGCUCCAACACUGCCUCAGAUCUGGACAAAGUACGGCGUUUCCCCAGAUCUGGAUACGGCCAAGGCCUUUGCAACGGCCAUCCAUCGACACAAUGUUGAGGCUUUGGCAACCAUUCUGGCUAUAUUCGAAAAGUUGCUCAAGGGAAAUUGUGACCACCUCGAAAAGCUCAGGAUGAGCAUCCCACCAGUGGAACCAGACGAGGAUGGGGACGAGAACAUGACGGCGGGUAUCUGA